GUGGAUGGCGUGGCAGGUGAGCGUGCCCGAGCUGGAGGACCGGCUUCAGUGCCCCAUCUGCCUGGAGGUCUUCAAGGAGCCCCUGAUGCUGCAGUGCGGCCACUCCUACUGUAAGGGCUGCUUGGUCUCCCUGUCCUGCCACCUGGACACAGAGCUGCGCUGCCCGGUGUGCCGGCAGGCGGUAGACUACAGCAGCUCCCCCCCAAACGUCUCCCUGGCCCGGGUGAUUGAAGCCCUGCGGCUUCCCAGGGACCCGGAGCCUCAAGUCUGCGCGCACCACCGAAACCCGCUCAGCCUCUUCUGUGAGGAGGACCAGGACCUCAUCUGCGGUCUCUGCGGCCUGCUGGGCUCCCACCAGCACCACCGCGUCACGCCCGUCUCCACCGUCCACAGCCGCAUGAAGGAGGAGCUUUCGACCCUCAUCUCCGACCUAAAGCAGGAGCAGAAGAAGGUGGAUGAGCAUAUUGCCAAACUGGUGAACAACAGGACCCGAAUUGUUAAUGAGUCCGAUGUGUUCAGCUGGGUGAUCCACCGAGAGUUCCAGGAGCUGCACCACCUGGUGGACGAGGAGAAGGCCCACUGCCUGGAGGGGGUGGAAGGCCACACUCGUGGCCUUGUGGCCUCCCUGGACAUGCAACUGGAGCAGGCCCAGAGGACUCGGGAACAGCUGGUCCAGGCUGAGCGUGUGCUGGAGCAGUUCAGUAAUGAGAGUCAUCACGAGUUCAUUCGGAAGUACCACUCCAUGGCCUCCAGAGCAGAGCUCCAGCAAGCCCGGCCCUUGGAAGGCACGUUCAGCCCCAUCUCCUUCAAGCCAGGCCUCCACCAGGCCGACAUCAAGCUGACUGUGUGGAAAAGGCUCUUCCGCAAAGUUCUGCCAGCCCCGGAGCCUCUCAAACUGGACCCUGCCACAGCCCACCCCCUCCUCGAGCUCUCCAAGGGCAACACGGUGGUGCAGUGUGGGCUCCUGGCUCAGCAGCGCACCAGCCAGCCCGAGCGCUUCGACUACAGCACAUGUGUCCUGGCCUGCCAGGGCUUCUCCUGCGGCCGCCACUACUGGGAGGUGGUUGUGGGCAGCAAGAGUGACUGGCGCCUGGGGGUCAUCAAGGGCACAGCCAGUCGCAAGGGCAAGCUGAGCAAGUCCCCAGAGCAUGGCGUGUGGCUGAUUGGCCUGAAGGAGAGCCGGGUGUAUGAGGCCUUUGGCUGCCCACGGGUACCCCUGCCCGUGAUGGGCCACCCCCACCGCAUUGGUGUCUACCUGCACUAUGAGCAGGGUGAGCUCACCUUCUUUGAUGCCGACCGCCCUGAUGACCUGCGACUGCUCUACACAUUCCAGGCUGACUUCCAGGGCAAGCUCUACCCCAUCCUAGACACGUGCUGGCAUGAACGGGGCAGCAAUUCCCUGCCCAUGGUGUUGCCUCCACCCAGCGGGCCUGGCCACCUCCCCCUCCCACAGCCCACCAAGCUAUAGGGCUUCCCAAUGUCCUGCUUGCCCACAGAUCCACCACAGCCAGGCAGCAGGGACUUGUGUG